GAAGCCUUCAUGAAGAAAUUGAGUUGUUAGAGGACACUUUAGUUUCUUCCCUUUGUGAAGAUUAUACUAAAAAAUCGAGAAAAGAACAAAUGUACCAUGAACACAUGUGUGCUGCUUUGAUUAGAGACAUGCAAGUAAAAUCCAAAAAGCUUAUUAGUAUAUAUGAAGACAGGGACGGUUCAAGAGCAGCGGAGAUACAAGCAAUAUCGAAGCCCAACGAAUUUACAGAAUUUUAUAAGCGGUUUACUGAAGUUAAAAAUGCUUAUAAAUUUGAUCGGAACGUUAUCGAGCCUCCAGUUUCUGUGGGUUAUAAAGAAAAUGAUCCUCUUAUUGUGAAAGCGCUUUUCUCUUUUACUGAUGAGGAAGGCUUUGGAAGAUUUUUAGAUUUACUAGAGCAGCACGUUUUGUUUGUUGACUUUUUAAAAAAGCGCAAGCUUGUAGAAACUUCUGUACCAGCAAAAAUAGUGAAACGGAAGAAUCCGCUUGAAGAGUCGCUAGAGUACUUGUCUUAUUUGAGUCAUUUCGAUGACUUCAAGUGUAUUCCACUCGAGUUGAAGCGAAGCGACGAUUAUAAAAAGUUUUUUUUAUUACUUAAAGUCUUUGAAAACUUAUUUAUACGAAUAUUAUCAGCGCACACAUCCCUUGGAAGUUUUUGAGGCGAUAGAAGAAGAAUUAAACCAGCAGUUUGAGGCAUUUUGGGCAGAAGGGGCGUUGCCAGGAUGGGAAGUGCAAGACCAGAAAGAGUUACCCUCUAAACUAUUUUGUGUUCCUUGCUGUAAACAAUUUGCAAAGGAAACUGUUUAUCAAGCGCAUCUCUUUGGCAAAAAACACAAAAAAGCACAAGAACUUUUUUCACGGGAAAAGGGGUCUCACAUUGAUGUUGGUGCUCUCAAGCUUAAUAACGUACAUUUACUUCGAGAUAAAGAUAAGCAUAUUGCUGAAAUGGAGUUUAGCGUACAGUUCUUGGCUAAUAAACUUUCUGAGCAAAGAGAAGCCACCAAAAUGAACGUGGAACGGAAGCAAGCCAGAACCGCUUCCGAGUGGGCCGAGGAAAGCGAAGAUUCUGAUCUCAGUGAAGAAGAGGUUGAAGUGGAGGAUGACUAUCAAGCUGCUCUUUAUAACCCGAAAAAUCUUCCACUUGAUUGGGACGGAAAGCGUAUUCCCUAUUGGUUGUACAAACUGCAUGGCUUGAGUAAAUAUUACAGUUGCGAAAUUUGCGAUGGGGCGCAGUAUCGUGGGCCAAAAGCUUUUGCAAGACAUUUUCAAGAAGCCAAGCACGCUCAAGGAAUGAAGUUGUUGGGCAUUCCGAACACCAUCCAUUUUCAAAAUGUUACUAAUAAAGAAGAAGCUAAAAAAUUAUGGGAAAAGCUAAAAUUGGACAAACAGAAACUAAUGUUUAAGCCCGAUCAAGAGGAAGAGUAUGAAGAUUCUUUAGGAAAUGUCGUUUCCAAGCGUAUUUAUGAAGAUUUAAAAAAUAAUAAUCUUUUAUAA